GUAAUGUCGGCUAUUGGUUUGGUACCAUGCUAGACCUGCACAACAGGCGCCUCAGUCUUCAGAGCGCCUGUCUGCUUCUGGUGUCGUGUCAACACCAACCACAGCUAUGGUGGGGGCCCCUCCAGGUUUCAUCUACAUCGCAGGUCGACUUCCUCACCUUGUCCGACCUCUAGCACUCGCCUAUGUUGGUUCUAGGAUCUGGGCGGUGGUCUUCGCGAAGCCAGCUCCACGAUGGCUGAGAGUCUCUGCAUAUCUGUUUUCCAUCCCCUUAGCAUUGACAAGCAAAGUCCUCUACACCUACCUGCGUAACAUGAGAGAAGCAGCACAUCGACGCGCGGUACUUGCCCCGCGAGUGAAGAGUAUAUGGCCUGGUGGCUUCGACAUCAUUCUCUCAGUCGCUCGGAGCUUUCGGAACGGGCACAUCGGAUCACCGUUUGACCUGUAUUGUCAAGAGUACGGCCCCGUCGUCAAUGUCAGGAUUAUGUUUGAGGAUCGGAUUUUUACGACGGAGCCCGAGCAUAUCAAAGCAAUUCUUUCUACGCAGUUCAAUUCCUUUGAGAAAGGUCCGGUACUCCGGGACCAACUGAACGCUCUACUUGGAACUGGAGUAUUCAACUCGGACGGUGAAACAUGGAAGUUCCAUCGCUCCAUGACACGACCGUUCUUUAGCAAAGAUCGAAUUAGUCACUUUGAUAUAUUUGAGAAACACGCCGAAGAUGCUCUUAACCAAGCAAAAGCCAGACUCCAGGAAGGCUACCCCGUGGACUUCCAGGAUAUGAUCUACCGGUUCACCCUUGACUCAGCAACUGAGUUUUUGUUCGGGAAAAGUGUUAACUCGCUGUCCGUUGGAUUGGUAUAUCCCCAGAAUUCGUUACCAGGGCAAAACAAGGAAUAUACAUCCCACCCUUCUAAUGUUUUCGCCCGUGCAUUAUCUGAUGCGCAAUCUCUUGCCGCUCUCAGGGGUCGUUUGGGAACGUUUUGGCGCUUAGCUGAUUUCUGGAGUGAUCGCGUCGAGAAGGAAAUGAAAGUUUGCUACAAUCUCAUCGAUCCCAUCCUUAAGGAAGCCUUGGAAUUGAAGAGAUCGAUGAAGGAGGGUAAGCAAUCUGCAGGACAGGGGCAAGGGCUUCUUGAGGAUACAUUACUUGGAGAUCUCAUUAGCUGCACUGACGAUCCUACUGUCAUCCGGGAUGAGAUCGUCAACAUCUUAAUAGCAGCGCGUGAUACCACGGCGUCUACCUUGACAUUCCUGGUUUACAUGCUCUCCCAACACCCAGACGUUCUGGAGCGAUUAUAUGCGGAAGUUCUCAGCACGGUUGGUUGUUCCAGAAGACCGACCUACGAUGACGUGCGAGAAAUGAAGUAUAUGAGAGCUGUCAUCAAUGAAACUCUUCGUUUGUAUGCUCCCGUCCCUUUCAAUGUUAGGACGAGCAUUGAAGCUGCAGUAUGGCCUGGCGUGAAUGGGGGUCCGCCCAUCUAUAUCCCGCCAAAAACCCGGACCCCGUACUCUGUAUUCCUUAUGCAUCGUCGGAAAGAUCUUUGGGGUCCCGAUGCUGAGAUUUUCGAUCCAGGCCGCUUCCUCGAUGAUCGAUUGAAGUAUUUAACUUCGAAUCCGUUCAUCUUCCUCCCUUUCAACGCAGGCCCUAGAAUUUGUCUGGGACAACAGUUCGCGUACAACGAAAUAUCGUUUUUCCUCGUCUGUCUGCUGCAAACUUUCUCUUCUAUAACAUUGGCAGAAGAUGUCCAGACUCGACCCCCUGCAGGACUCGCCGAAGGAAUGGGACGCAACUCACAAGAAAAUGUGAUCAUCAAGCACCAUCUUACCCUGUAUGUCGAUAAGGGCCUAUGGGUACGAAUGGGGAAAGCUAGGUGAUACUGACAAUAUGUGAUGCUGGACACUCUACUGUUACAUAAAGUUGCUCGCAAAGCAAUCUCAGAAUUUCGCUUGCCGCAUUUGUCCGUCACCGUCGUCCUAGGUACUGUUCUACCCUCAUCCAUCAUCGACGGUGCGUUUAUAUACUGCAUAUGCAUUGUCGGGUUCGGAUUCCCAAUCCACUCUCUGCUCUCGGCACAAUGAAGGCAGUUUGUGUCGCUAUGGG